AAAUCUCUUACCAAUCUUCCGAGCAUGACUACUAAAAUGAAGUCCCUUAUAAUUCUUAAUCUUUCUGGCUGUUCAAAUAUCAAGAAGAUUCCAGAAUUUGAGGGGAUUAUGAAAAGCCUAUCAAAACUUUAUUUGGAUUGUACUGCUAUCGAGAAAUUACCCUCAUCAAUUGAGUGCUUGACUGCCCUUACUUCACUAAAUCUAGAAUACUGCAGAAAUCUCGAAUAUCUUCCAAGAAACAUAAUUAGUUUGAGGUCACUUGAAAUACUCAUUCUUUCCGAAUGCUCACAACUUGCCAACCUGCCAGAUAACCUUUGGAAAAUGAAGUGUUUGAAGGAACUUGAUUUGAGUGGAACUGCCAUUAGAGAAAUUCCCUCUUCUGUUCUUGUCUUGAAAGAUUUUGGAUGUCUCAACUUUGGAAAGGUUGUGAGGCCUGAGUUUUCCCUAAAACAACUUAAACUGAGUAGGAUGUCUCAAAUUGAAGAAAUUGGGCUCAAUGGUAUUGGCUGCUUCUCCUCAUUAAAGUAUUUAACACUAAGUGGAAACAGUUUUGCCAACCUACCUGCAAGCAUUAGUCAACUUUCGAAACUGGAAGCUCUUGAUUUGAGCAACUGCAGUAUGCUUCAAUCAUUGUCAGACCUUCCAUCAACCGUGAGAUAUAUAAAUGCUCAACAUUGUUAUUCCCUAGAACCAUCACUAACUAAACCACUAGUACUGUUUGAACCCAGCAUUUUUCCAAACUCCAAGUGGCGUCCAGAUAAUGAGAGUGUAAGCAGUGUGGCAUAUACAAUAUUGAACCGUUACUUACAGGGAAUUCGUCCAAAAGCUGGAAAUGAAACUCCUACCAAAAGGAAAGCAGAUAGAUCUGGAACUGAAUUUCAGAUAAUUAUUCCCAGAAAUGAAAUUCUGCAUUUGUUAACGCAUCAAAACUUAGGCAAAUCAGUGUACAUAAAGCUGUCUCCAAAUUGGUGUAAUAGUAGGUGGAUGGGAUUUGUUCUCUGCCACCAAAUUUCUUAUUCUCCUAAUUCUGUUGAUGAGUUUGAUGUUUCCGGUGAGACAUUUGGUUUUAGAGCUAAUGUGAUAAGCCUUGGUGAUGGGUCUCGCGGUCAUUAUGCCUCUGAAAUUUUCUUUAAGGUGUCAUUUAGUGUGGACCACAUUUGGCUGUUGUAUCUGUCUCGUGAUGAUUGGCUUGCUACUGUUCCGAAUGGUGAUCAAUGCAGUCAGAUUGAGGUUAAAUUUGAGACCUCUAGCCCACACACUCUGGUGCGGAUGUGUGGAGUCCGUUUGGUAUAUGAAGAAGAUGUGGAAUUGAUUAACUCAGAAAUUGCAGAAGAAGCACAAUGUAGUCGUGCUUCUGAAGAAUCAAUAAGAUUCUUCAAUAAUGUCCCAAAAAAAUAA